UAUUCAUCAUCAUCAACAGCAGCAGUUUUCCCGUGAUCGUAAUUAUAAGUUGUAGUUUGGAUUUUUUGGUGUUAAAAACGUUUGUAGUAUAGUAUGUAUUUUAGUUAAUGAGUCCUGUCGGUGUAGUUAUUGUUGCAGAAGUUCCAUCACUAUAUUCGAUUAGUCGAUCCAUCGCAGAUGUUCCGAAGUACUUGAUAGGAGUACUGUAUUAAUUAUAGGAAAAGCAAAAGCUGUCUAGUAUCAAGGAACAAAAUGAAUUCUUUGGCCCGUGUUGGAAGUUUUGUCAGCCAAUCCAUACAAUUUGCGGGAUGCGGUUUCCAACAAGUUCGUACAAAAUAUGCCGAUUGGAAAAUGAUUAGGGAUGUCAAACGCCGUAAAUGUGUAGCUGAAAAUGCCAAGGAUCGUUUACGUGUUAAUGCUCUACGUAAAAAUGAUAUACUUCCUGCCGAGUUGAGAGAAGUGGCUGAUGCUGAAAUAGCCGCCUUCCCCAGAGAUUCUUGUUUAGUUCGUGUUCGCGAACGUUGUGCCCUUACGUCACGUUCCCGCGGUGUUGUACACAAAUACCGCUUAAGUCGUAUUGUCUGGCGUCAUCUGGCUGACUACAAUAAAUUGUCCGGCGUCCAAAGAGCAAUGUGGUAGAGGAAAAUAAAUUUAUACCCAACUUGUUUGUUAAAAUUUAAACAAUUUAUUUUAAAAUAAACUAUAGUAUAAACGUAGAAGAGUAGUUUAAUAAAAUCAAGAGAAUCUAAUUUAA